UCAAGCAGAACAUACAUGUAAACAUAUUUUAGCAGCUUGGCUAUCUUCUGUUGAUAACAAGAAACUUUCUGUACAAGAAAUUGCAUCACCGCUGUUCCGUGAUUUGAUGAGGUUCCAUGUAACAUUUUGACAAAAUGAGUCAAGACACUGCGAUUUAUCAAUUAGUUGCAAAGCUGAAAAAUCUUAAGACUGUUGUUCAACUACUGAAAGCGGUCAACUUCAAAGAGACCGCUACAUGUUUUGGCACAUACAAUGGACUGAAAGUAACGGUUGAGGAUGCAAAAUGUAUGCAAGCAAGUGCGUAUAUUCCUACAGAAAUAUUUGAAGAAUUCAAUUUGAAAGAGGAUGUGAUAUUCAGAAUUAAUUUGUCAGUAUUAGUCGAGUGCCUGUGUAUGUUUUGGGGAGAAAUAAACACUCAGGGUAGCUCGGUUGCUCUGCAAUUAUUUUAUAGGGGUGUUGGGUAUCCUGUAACUGUACUCAUUGAAGAAAACGGUAUAGUGACUGAUUGUUCGCUGAAGACUCAAGAACCAGAUGAACUAUUGGAUUUCAAUCUUGCUCAAGAUAAUGUAUUGAACAAAGUAUUACUCAAAACCGAUUUACUCAAAGAUGUUUUGUCGGAACUAGAUCCAACCUGUGAUGUGAUAGAGCUUUUACUAUCACCUGAACCGCCAUACUUGAGAAUAAGUACAGAUGGAAUAGCUGGAGAGUGCCAAGUCGAAGUACCUCGCGAUAGUAACCUUAUAGAAAGUUUUCAGUGCAGCACAACGGCCAGUUCGUGUUAUAAACUAACUCAUUUCAAACCAGCUAUGAAACCAUUAUCCUGUGCUAUUAUUGUGUCAAUAAGAACAGACAAAUAUGGGCUGCUUUGUUUCCAGUACAAGGUCAAAGCAGAAGAUGGCCACACGUGUUACGUAGAAUAUUACAUCUCUCCUGUUGUGGACAUGGACGAGUGAUAUUAUACUAUCACGUAUAAAGUUGAAUAUCGAUUAUUACUACCGUGUUCCACAAACUGGGUCAUUUUUCUUAUCUGCAGCCUCCAGAGGCUUGUAAGUUUAAGUACACUUUUGUUUCUUUGUAAUUUAUUUACUUAUUAGAAGUUAAGUUUGGCAAAUAUGUCAUUUGAGAUAAGCAAGUUUUAUAUUUUAAUAUGCUUGUGUAUUUAUAACAUGUGAAUUCUGAACUGAACUGAAUUCUCCGUGGUCAAUUAUCAGGCGUAAUGUAUAAUGAAAGUCAUUCGACGAGCAAAUACAUAAGGUUG